UUGCAGUCCACGGAGGGGUACGGAUACUUGUCGCUUAUAAAGACCGCAGAGACGUACGUCGCCCUUACAGAGCUCAGCUCAUCAUCGCAUCUAAAGGUGGACGGCACCACGACGAGCUACCGGAGAUCCAGUUACCAUGUUGGUAUAGAAUACGAUAAAGCGGGGAAAAGGACAGAUACUUUCCACGUGAGCCCCAACUCACUCAAUGUACCAGUUAUUGAAAUUGCUGCUAUUGCUGACGGUGACGCCAUUGGCGAAAACAGUAUGUGA